AUGCAGAGCGCGGCCCCCGCCGCCCCGCCGGCUCUGCACCUCCUCACCUCCUACUUCAUCGACAGCAUCCUGAGCCGGGGCCCGGCGGCGGGGCGGCACGGCGAGGAGCGCCCGGUGCCGCCGCCACGGCCCGGCCGGGUGCGAGCCCCCGCGGAGGCUCCGGCGGCGGGCGGAGAAGCGGCGGGACCGCUGAAGAGGAAGCAGCGGCGGUACCGCACCACGUUCAGCACCUUCCAGCUGGAAGAGCUGGAACGCGCCUUCCGCAAGUCCCACUACCCCGACGUGUUCACCAGAGAGGAGCUGGCCCUGCGCCUGGACCUGACCGAAGCCCGAGUGCAGGUUUCUCAAUGCUUUAAAUCCUCUCAUGACAACAGCUUCAGUAGUAGUGAAAGCUCCUGGACCCCCGUCAGACCCUGCUCUUACUGCCUUCACUGAUCCAGCAGCAGCUGAAAGGAAAACCUCAAGCAUUGCAGCACUGAGACUCAAAGCCAAAGAACAUUCAGCACAAAUCCCUCAAUUAAACCUCAUCUCCAGUCUUGCAAACACUAACAAAGAACUUUGUUAGGAG